UGCUGGACCCCGCUCAGAGAGCCCUCUACAGGGACGUCAUGCAGGAGAACUACGAGAAGGUGACCUCGCUUGGAUUUCCCAUUCCCAAACCUAAGCUGAUCGCCCGGCUGGAACGAGGGGAAGAGCCGUGGGUACCCGAUCUCCAGGCCUGCGAGGAAAGAAGGCUUCUGAGAAGCACCCAUACAGCAGGUGCUGAGCGAGGGAGUGAGAAUGAGGAGGGGAAUCAUCAUGAGGAAGUUCCCGGGGAAGUGGCACCACAGAGGACUUUUGUGGGAAGAACCGAAGAGAAUUUUUCCCAGUGCUGGGAGCAGGGAGAAGCUUGGGGAAAUUGGCACUGGUCAGAGAGGCUUGUGGGAAACCCCCCAAGGAAGAAAGCGGACGAAUCUGUGAACAGUGGGGGAGGAGAUGAGGAUCCAACAGUGCAGCAGACAAAUCCCAAGGAAGAGACACCCUGGCACUGCCUGCAGUGUGGGAAAGGAUUCAUUGUGAGAUCACAGCUUGUGACACAUCAGACAAUCCAUACUGGAGAGAAACUCCUUCAAUGCUUGGACAUUGGGGAAAGCUUCAAUAACUGCUCAGAUCUUAAUAACCAUGGGAGAAGCCACACUGGAGAGAAACCCAUUCAAUGCCUUGAGUGUGGGAAAUGUUUCAGGUCAAUGUCAGCACUAUAUUCACAUAAGAAAAGCCACACAGGAGAGAGACCCCAUAAGUGCUUGGACUGUGGGAAAAGUUUCAAGCGGAGGUCACACCUUCUAAGACAUCAGGUAAUCCAUACAAGAGAGAGACCCCAUAAGUGCUUGGACUGUGGGAAAAGUUUCAAGCGGAGAACAGACCUUGUUAAACAUCAGGCAAUUCACACAGGAGAGAGACCCCAUAAAUGCUUGGACUGUGGGAAAAGUUUCAUAGGGAGGUCAAAGCUUGUUAAACAUCAGGCAAUCCACACAGGAGAGAGACCCCAUAACUGCUUCGACUGUGGGAAAAAAUUUAUAAUGAGGUCAGCGCUUGUUAAACAUCUGGCAGUCCACCUAGGACAGAGACCCCAUAAGUGCUUGGACUGUGGGAAAUGUUUCACAUGGAGAUCAUCCCUUGCUACACAUCAGGCAAUCCACACAGGAGAGAGACCCCACAAGUGCUUGGAAUGUGGGAAAAGUUUCAUACACAGGUCAAAGCUUGUUAAACAUCAGGCAAUCCACACAGGAAAGAGACCCUACAAGUGCUCAGAGUGUGGGAAAAGUUUCACAUGUAGAUUAACCUUUGUUUAUCAUCAGGCUAUCCACACAGGAGAGAGACCCCAUAAGUGCUUGGACUGUGGGAAAAGUUUCAUACGAAGGUCAGAAUUUAUUUAUCAUCAGGCAAUCCACACAGGAGAGAGACUCCACAAGUGCUUGGUGUGUGGGAAAAGUUUCACACGUAGCUUAACCUUUGUUAAUCAUCAGACUAUCCACACAGGAGGGAGACCCCAUAAGUGCUUGGACUGUGGGAAAAGUUUCCUAUAUAGGUCAAACCUUGUUACACAUCGGGCAAUGCACACAGGAGAGAGACCCCACAGGUGCUUACAUUGUGGGAAAAGUUUCAAGCGGAAGUCAGACCUUGUUAAACAUCAAGCAGUCCACACAGGAGAGCAACCCCAUAAGUGCUUAGACUGUGGGAAAAGUUUCACAUGGAGAUCAAGCCUGGUUCAACAUCAGAGAAUCCACACAGGAGAGAGACCCCAUAAGUGCUUGGACUGUGGGAAAACUUUCCUACGGAGGUCAGACCUUGUUAAACAUCAGGCAGUCCACACAGGAGAGCGGCCCCAUAAGUGCUUAGACUGUGGGAAAAGUUUCACAUGGAGAUCAAGCCUGGUUCAACAUCAGAGAAUCCACACAGGAGAGAGACCCCAUAAGUGCUUGGACUGUGGGAAAAAUUUCAGAGAGAGAUCACACCUCAUUAAACAUGGGAGAAUUCACACAGUAUCUAAACUUGUGACACGUGACAAGAAAGGGUUAAGCAGCUUGCAUGUAAUUGACUCAGAUCAGGUCUUGUUACACAUCAGGCAAGCCACAUAGGAGAGAGACUUUAUAAAUGCUUGGCAUAUCGAAAAAGCUUCAGUAACAGAGAAUCCACAGAGGUAUGAGACCCUCUAGGAAUAGCCGGACUGCAGAAAAAGAUUUAAUUUGACUUCACACCUCAUUGACCCACACAGCAGAGAGGCCUUGAAUGCGGGGGAAGCUUCAUUAGGUGCUCCCGGAGUAUCAAACAUCUAGAAAUCCACACAGGGAAGAAACCGCUGAGAUGUUCUCAGUGCGGAAAACGCUCCAAGUGGAGCUAACACCAUGUUGGACAUCCGAGACUCCCCCACACAGCAGGGAAAUUCUCUCAGGGCCCUGACUAGGCCAUAGGAACAACCCCAUUUCCUCAUUCCCACACACGUCAGGGGCUUUUGGCUCCCAAGCAUCCAGCUGCCCAUGGCUGGGGUGAGGAGCCAGCAGCAGCCAAGCAUCAGCUGGUCAGUGACCCACUGGCUCUGCCUGGUCUAAGCAAACCCCAGGCAGAGGAGGAGAUGCCCCGAUCAGCCCCUCCCCCCGCUGCAGCCCUGGCUGCUGAGCUGAUGGGCCACAGGUGGGGGAAGGGAGAGAGAGAGAAACUGCUCCAGACACUCCCUCUGCCUGGCUGAAGUUCCCCCCUCUCCCUUCCCCUGCCAGCCAGGAUCCCCCUGCCAUGGAGAUGAGGAGAAGGACACUUGGGUCUGUCCCCACCUUUACUCUAGACACCUGUCCCCAUCCAACAUCUUCCACCAGCCCCUGGGCUGGGCUGCCCCACUGACCUGGAGCUGUUCCCUGCAGGGGGAGUGUCCCUGGGGGCUGGUAACUCCUCCCCUCCCCAAAUCCCCCAGGGUGCUGGGCUCUGGGGGAAUCAAAUGUUAAGGGACCAGGGCGAUGGGUUCUGGGGAGGUCACUGGGCAUUGAAUGGCUGGGGCUGGCUGAGCUUGAAAUCAGGAGGAGCUGGGUACUGGGUAUCGAGUGUUUGGGGAUGAUGGGAUCAGAGGCGAGGGAGAGCACAGGGGUAGAGACGUGCUGCCUCUCCUCACUCAGCCUCUCUGCCCCUUCCUCCUGCCCCCUCUGCAUUCAGACAGCACCACUGAGAGGCACUGAUUCCCACGGGACCUUUUGUCAGAGGCCUGGAGAUCCCACCUCUGCCUCCGCAGCAUCAGCCUCUGAAGUUCUGGCUAGGCUAGGAGGUGUGGUCGGGAUUAGCCAGCAUAUCUCUGUGACCCUCCACCAGGUUUCCUAGUGUAAACUCACUCUGAGCAUCUGAUGUGCUCUGACCAGUGUUGCCUCAUUUUUUACAUCCAUGUGUGGAAUGAAUUUGGUUCUAUGCACCAGUAUGUGACACAUCAUCUCCAUACUGGUGCACAGAACGUAAUUCAUGUGGUGGGGGU